GACAGCAAGUCAGAACAAACUAGAUGAAGGAAAACUAAAGAGCAAACUUGAACUUGAUGAACUACAGUUGACUUGGUGGAAAAAGGGGGACCGUUAAAGCCACUCUUGGGAUGAAGAUGAAUGACUGGCUGCUAAGUGGCUUGGAGUGCCUGAGUAAUUCUUCUGUAAUGGACAAUGUUUCCCAGCAGACCCAGUGACUCCCAUCACCGCCUAGAAUGGAAGACCCGCUGAGUGCUGCAAUGAGGUGCCACAGUAACACAGCUCCAAGUGUUCGCAACCCACCCCGCCGCUUCACUACCCCAACCAAGUGACAAGAUGCUUUGGAGAUUCAGCCGUUUAUGGAAGAGGCAGUGCGUCCGGCUGAUAACCACCUGCUUGGUGCUUUCGGUGGUCACAGUUUGGUGGGACAACGGCAUGGUGAACCACGUCAAGUCCUACUCAUAUCGCCUCCUGGUGAACCGCUUCAGCUACAUCAACAAGAGCCUCACCAUCACACGAGAGCAGGCCCAGAGCUUCCGGAACUUCCGCAACCUGCUGGAUCACCCGGAUAAAUGUGCUGGCCAAGACGUCCUCCUCCUGCUCUUUGUCAAAACGUCCCCGGUGAACACCGCCAGACGCGAGAACAUCAGAUCCACUUGGGGUAAUGAGACCUUCAUCCUGGACUCACUGGGAGUGACGGUUAAGGUGGUGUUCGCGUUAGGCGCACCCCUCGGACCCAACGGCACGGACGCUAUUGUUCAAAGGCAGCUCUUCCGAGAGGACCGUCGCCACGGCGAUUUGAUCCAGCAGGACUUUUUGGACUCCUUCCACAACUUGACCAAGAAACUGAUCAUGCAGUUUCAUUGGAUGCACAGGUGCUGCGCUCACGCUCGUUUCCUCAUGACGGCGGACGACGACGUCUUCGUUCACAUGCCUAACUUGGUGGCGUACCUGCAGGAUGCCAGACACAAGGGUGUCACCGACUUCUGGGUGGGCCGGGUCCACAGGGGGGCGCCGCCAAACCGCAGUAAGGACAGUAAGUACUACGUACCUCUUGAGAUGUACCAGUGGAUGUCGUACCCGGACUACACGCCCGGGGCGGGCUACGUGGUGUCCGGCGACGUGGCGAGCAAGAUCUACCACGCUACUCUGACACUGAACGCCACGCUUUACAUAGAUGAUGUGUUCAUGGGCAUCUGCGCCAAGGCUGUCGGCGUGUCACCGCAGGAGCAUUUGUAUUUCUCAGGGGAGGGAAAGGCACCUGACCACCUGUGUAUCUAUAACCAGAUGAUUACCUCUCAUGGCCACGUGGAGGACCUCCAAGGCCUAUGGAAGGUGGCGACGCACCCGCAGGUGAAAGAGAGGACGUCUGGACUUCUAGGCAGGCUGUAUUGCACGGCUGUGAAGAUCUCUCUGCUUUGUCGAUACCAUCUCAACGGCUACCCUUGUAUAGCCGCUUUUUAUUGAGGCCGUGAUCA